ACUCAACUCUAAAUUAAAGUCGAUUUUUUCCUGCAUUCUGCUGACGCAAAUGGGCUUACUAAAGGUGCUAGUUUCGUCCUUGCUAUUUUUUUCCGUGCAAUCUGUCCCGGUUUCUCUUCUGGACAAGGAAAUCAAUUGUGGAUACCAGGCAUGUGCUCCUAUAAAAGACGAACACAUAAACGUCCAUCUGGUAGCCCACAGUCACGACGACGUUGGCUGGGUUAAAACAGUUGACCAAUACUACUAUGGAGUGCAAGUUGGAACGUAUGUGGGAGCGGUGCAAUACAUCUACCAAUCAGUGCUGGAUUCACUCAAAAGAAGCAAAGAUAGAAGGUUCAUUGUGGUUGAAACUGCAUACUUUUGGAAGUGGUGGAAGUUGCAAAGCGACCAAACACGCGCAGAGUUUACGCAGUUGGUAAUGGACGGACAAAUUGAGUUUACUGGAGGCGGAUGGUCGAUGAACGAUGAAGCUGUUACCCACUACCAAUCGACAAUUGAUCAAAUGACUUGGGGCUUGAGGAUACUGAAUGAGACGUUCGGAGACUGUGGGCAUCCUAAAGCGGGCUGGCAAAUCGACCCAUUCGGGCACAGCAGCGAAAUGGCUUCGAUCUUCAGCCAGAUGGGCUACGAUGGGCUGGUUUUAGGCAGAAUCGAUUUCCAGGACAAGAUUAGCAGAAAGGCCAACAGCAGUUUGGAUUUUGUCUGGCGAGGCAGCGCGAGUUUAGGUGAAGAGGCCGACAUCUACACCAGUGUUUUAUAUGAUCUUUACGACGCUCCAAGUCAGUUUUGCUUCGAAAUGUCUUGCAACACGCAGCCACUGAUUGAUGACCUGGAUAGUGCAGAAUAUAACAUGGAUUCCCGGGCAAGACUGUUUGUGGACAGUUUUGUUAACGUCGCCGCGAAAUCGUACUCAACCAGCAACGUGUUGGUGCCGAUGGGCCAAGACUUCGCUUACCAAAAUGCGGAAAUGUGGUUCAUGAAUAUGGACAAACUAAUUAAAUACUUGAAUGAAAAUGAAGUCGAUGGCCAAAAAUUCAACGUAAUGUAUUCCACUCCGGCUUGCUACAUUUACGCCGUCCACAACGAAUCCAAAGGAGUAAUAAGCAACGAUCUGAAAACCGACGACUUUUUCCCUUAUGCGUCUGCCGAGUAUGCUUAUUGGACGGGCUUUUAUACAUCCAGGCCGCAACUGAAGCGCUUCGAGAGGACAGGAAAUAAUUACCUUCAAGUUUCGAAGCAACUUUCCGCUACGGCGGGGCUUUCCAGUGAACACGAACUGGAGCUGAACAGUUUAAGGGAAGCCAUGGGCGUUAUGCAGCAUCAUGAUGCCAUUACGGGCACUGAAAAGGAGAAUGUGGCAAAUGAUUACGAAAAACAACUGCACAGCGCCAUUAGGAAAUGUGAUAAUUUAACCACAACAGCUUUGGCCAAUCUAAUUAACAAGGAUCAUCCCACAUUCGAGCACUGCCUGCUUGCGAACAUUAGUCAGUGUGAAUUCUCAGAAAGUUCAGAAAGAUUCGUUGUUACAGUGUAUAAUCCGUUGAGUAGAUAUGUUAACAAGUAUGUCAGAGUGCCAGUUUGGGGCAAAUCCUACCAAGUCCAAGAACCUUCAGGUGGAGGGCAAACUGUCCAAAUUAUCCCGAUUCAUCCCAAAAUACUCAAAAUACCUGGAAGAACCAGCAACGCUACCCUGGAAUUGGUUUUCCAGGCCAGAAACGUUCCCCCAUUGGGAUUCAAGUCGUUUUACGUGCAAAGAGCUGAGGGCGACGACGUGACGGCUUUGGAUAACGGCACUUUUUGCAUUCAUUACGAUAAUGUGGGGCUCGAUGUGGAUCCGACUGCUGGCAUUGUAGGAAAAAUUCACUUUGAGAACAACGUGACUGUGGAUAUCAACCAAACCUUCCAGUACUAUGCAGGUUCGGUGGACAAAGCGAAACCUUCAGGAGCGUAUAUUUUCCGGAGGGAUCCAGAAAUACCGCUGGAAAAUGUUGCUGAUUUCGUGCAGUCUAAUAAGUUGUAUCCAGGACGUUUGGUCACGGAGCUUCAGCAGGUCUACAAUGACAUGGUUAGUCAAACUGUGCGCCUUUAUCACGACGAGAAAUUUGUGGAGUUUGACUGGAUCGUGGGUUCAUUGCCAAAUUUUAAACUCAAUGGACGAGAAGUGAUAACGAAAUAUUCCACCCAGUUGGACAGUAACGGCACGUUUUACACCGACUCUAACGGCCGUGAGAUGUUGAAACGCGUUAGAGACUUCAGACCCACAUGGAAGGUGGACCUGAAAGAGCCGGAGCCUGGAAAUUACUAUCCGGUAACAUCAAAGAUCACUCUGCAAGACCCAAGGAAGAACAUCCAGUUUAGUGUCUUAACCGACCGAGCUGAAGGGGGCACCAGCCUGGAAGACGGACAAAUCGAGCUGAUGCUCCAUCGAAGUACUCAAGCGGACGACAACAAGGGAGUGGAAGAGAAGCUCUUUGACUGGGCGUAUUAUACAGGAGUAGUGGUAAGAGGCUUGCAUUAUAUGGUUGCCGGGCACAUAAAUCCUACAUCUGAAGAAGAACAAACCAUUGUGGCACUGGAAAGGGACAUUGCUGAAAGAAAGCUGUUGGAUGCUUGGACCUUCAUCUCCAUCCCCAAUGAAGACAGCUUUGAGCAAUACCAGCUGGAGAAUAGAAUGGAGUUUUCCGGACUGGAGUUUUCCCUGCCAGCUAACUUGCAUGUUCUAACUUUGGAGCCUUGGGGUGAUUCCACCUUUCUUCUGCGGCUGGAGCAUUUAUUUGCCAAAGAUGAAGAUCAGUAUCUAUCGCAGCCUGCCGCCGUAAAUCUCUCUGAGCUUUUCACUACCUUCAACAUAAUAUCAGUGAGGGAGACGACUUUAAGUGGCAAUGAAUGGAUCGAUGAAGCCCGAAGGAUGCGAUUCAGGUCCGGCAACCAGCCGCAAGUGGAUGAUGAGCAAGAUCAGCUACUGAGUGAUGAUGAAUUUGAAAUCACGCUAAAACCAAUGCAAAUUCGAACGUUUGUUAUUAAAACCGAGGCCAAGUUAUUCUAUAUGUAACUGCUUUGGACAAUAAAUUUGAUUUUUACUCUA